CCUUGCCUGGAUCUGAAGUAGAAUCUGGAUGAAGUUCUUGUAAAGCCUGUUAUGGACUGACUCCGAGGAGGUCCGUGAAACACAAAAGUCCUAAAGCAAUACGCAUGGCUCGUAUGAUGUCCUCUCAUACUUCAUGUCAUCUUUACUACUGCCCAACUUCUUCAAGCUACGUCAAGAUGACGGCGUCCUUCCCUUGCACCACAUAGGCACCCUUCACACGUGUUCUGCGGAACUCGAGCGAGUACAAACACUCACUACGUCGUUAGAUCACCAACCGGCCCCGUCGCCAGUUAUUAAGCAGCGGGAGGAAUCAGUGAGGCCACCUCUUGCCAUUCUAUGCGCCCUUCUGCACAUCACUCUCGUUCUCCUCCACGUUGUUAUUCUUGCGCUCAACAUUUCGGGUAUCGAGCAUCGUCUAGUCGUCCCGAUCACAUCUGGAAAUGAAAUCUGGGUGACUAUAUUGAGUGCAUCAUCACAGGCCUUUUAUGCGAUCUAUUGCGCGGUACUCGUUUACCUAAUGCAACGAUUGACACUCUUCAGGAACCUCACACAACGCCAGACGGUAACCGUUCUUCAUGACACGGUGAACGCAUGGAGCGGCCUUGGUUCUGCUCUGGAAUGUCUUUGGCGGCAAUCAACUGUCCCUGCAUCAUGGUGGAGCAUAUUAUCAAUAACGGUCUAUCUUGCAUGUGUUUUCACCUUUCACGUGGUUUCGUCAUCCGUCAUUCAAUUGCAAACGUUCAACGCCACCGUGGAUGUGUCCGCGACGAAAUUCUCGUACUGGCCUAGUCCAGACGUAGAUAUGAUGGCAAUUCAGUGGCAAACCAUCAGUGCAUUAGUUCCUACAUUAGGUCACUUCGCCAAUCUUCAAGAAAUGGGGCUCGAGGGUGCUACUCUGUACGACACCAUUCAGUCUAACGAUAUAUCUGGCCACGCCAUCGUGAAUGCGACGUCUUUCAGAGCGAAUUGCAGAUUGGUUCGCAAUUCGGUAUUGACCUAUUCUUAUGAAAUUGAUACUGACAACUUCGGAUAUUAUACACUCAAACCGCCGAUCUCAAAUCGCACCAUGAAAUUUAGGGCUAGACUUGUAGCUCCGUUCCCAGAUCAGGUCGCGAUCAAUCCUGCCAUGUCCUCGUUCUUUCCAGGACCGACCGUUGCUUUCAUGGUUUCGACUGCUGUGAAUUCGGGCAACUUAUUCGACAAUGAAACUGUUCAACACAUGUAUUGGGAAUAUCCUUCAAUAACCUUUAUAGGUAGUCCCCAGCCCCCCCUAAUUUCCAGCAUGUACGAUGUUCAUAUAGUAGCAUGCACAAUUGAUAUUCAACCCCAUGCCGCAACUAUUGAUGUACAAACCAAUCAACUACUGGGUCUUUCCCCACCCCUGGGCCGGUUGCUUUCAGGGAAUGGGAAGUAUGGUCCGCGCCGGAAGAAGAACCCAAAUGGGAUAUUUGGUCACCGCCAUCAGCAAGUGCAUUGCAUCAUGAAAAAUGGCUUGUCUCUCCUUUCGCAAGUGGGGCACAGCAUCCCACCAACUGGUGCAUGAAUCAAGACCGAGCAUCAUGCUAUGGACUAUCUCUUCUGGAAGUGUAAUUCACGCUUAGCUCCCAACAAUGUUCAGUCCUUUCUAAUCAUCACGUCAGAUUUUUUAUGCAGCAGAUUGGAAUAAAUAUUGUCUUUCCCCACCCAACAUUGAACUUUGUUGGGGGCCUGGGCAGAGCUCCGCCACGUCCGAGGGAGGUUCUGUGCAGUCGUGACCG